GUCUGUCUCGUUCUCUUCGUUGAGGGCACUCACUUCUCCAUCUCACAGUUCUGUACUCUUCAUAUACAAAUCUCCGCUUAUAUUUCCACGUCAGCCUUUUACUCUCUUUAGUUGUUAGGAAUCUUUUGCUAAGUCUCCGUAUCUGGUAAGUUCCUCCGUUUACUUGUUGGUUCUUAGGUUUUUAUUUUCGACUUAUGAUUAAUUUUGGAAAAUUUACGCUGCUGUUGUAUCGAUUUUUGUGAACUCAUGGCUUGUGUGGCAUAGAAUUUGCCAAUUUAAUGGAUAAUUCAGAAAUAAUGAUAGGUCCGAGAGCUCUAAUAAAGAGGCAUGAAUUUGUGAGAGUUAUAGUUCAAUGUUUAUAUUCCUUAGGCUACAAGAACUCGGCUUCUUGUUUGGAGUCUGAGUCUGGAAUAUUAUACAAAUCUGUGGAUUUUGAAAAGCUGGAACUGCAAAUACUUAAUGGGAAUUGGGAUGGUUGUAUUGAUACACUUAAUGCAAUUUCGGAUUUGAAUAUGAACGAUGAGAUAAGAGCUUCGGUGUUGUUUUUGAUAUUUAAACAAUGUCUUUUGGAGUAUUUAAAUCGUGGGGAGGAGUCAUUGGCUUUGGAUGUUUUGAGGAAACAAGUUCCUUCAUUAAUAGUGAGCAAGGAGAAAGUACACAAACUUGCUUCGAGUAUCCUUUGCUUGGAGGAGAAAGAGUUGGGAAAUAUUGACGAGGAUGAUAUUUCCGAGUUACGGAGGAGGUUGUUGGUGGAGUUGCAGAGACUGCUUCCUCCACCAGUUGUGUUGCCUGAAAGAAGGCUGGAACAUCUUGUUGAAACUGCAGUUACAUCGCAGAUUGAUUCAUGUUUUUAUCACAAUUCACGUGUAGCAGUAUCUUUGUAUGAGGAUCAUUGCUGUGGUAGAGAUCAGAUUCCCACCGAGACUAUUCAGAUAUUAAGUGAGCACAAGAAUGAAGUUUGGUUUGUACAAUUUUCUAAUAACGGGCAGUACUUAGCCUCUUCGUCAAGUGACUGCACAGCUAUUAUAUGGAAGGUGCUGGAAGAUGAUACACUGACAUUGAAACACACACUCCGAAGCCAUGAAAAUCCAGUUUCCUUUGUUGCAUGGAGUCCAGAUGACACAAGUUUGCUUACAUGUGGCAAUGCAGAAGUUCUGAAGCUGUGGGAUGUGGAAACAGGUAUAUGUAAGCAUACAUUUGGAGAUCAUGGCUUCAUUGUAAGCUCAUGUGCUUGGUUUCCCGACUCAAAGCGACUUGUGUGUGGCAGUUCUGACCCUGAAAAGGGAAUCUUCAUGUGGGAUUGUAAUGGGAAUGAGAUAAAAGCAUGGAGGGGGGUAAGGAUGCCCAAGGUAGUGGAUCUUGCUGUGACACCAGAUGGGGAAAACCUUAUCAGUGUAUUAUCAGAUAAAGACAUCCGGAUACUAAACUUGGUGACAAAUGCUGAGAGGGUGAUCUUUGAGGAGCACCCAAUUACGUCUCUUUCCAUAUCUGUAGAUAGUAAGUUCUUUAUUGUUAACUUAAACAGCCAAGAGAUUCAUUUGUGGGAUGUUGCUGGAAAUUGGGAAAAGCCACUGAAGUAUAAGGGCCACCAGCAAAACAAGUAUGUGAUACGGUCCUGCUUUGGUGGGUUGGAUAGUACAUAUAUUGCUAGUGGGAGUGAGAAUUCUCAGGUCUACAUCUGGAAUCGGCGGAACUCUAAGCCAAUUGAAGUUUUAUCGGGCCAUUUGAUGACUGUAAAUUGUGUGAGCUGGAACCCUAAAAGGCCUCAGAUGUUGGCAUCAGCUAGUGACGAUCAUACGAUCCGUAUCUGGGGUCCAAGCCAAUCCAGGAAGACAUAAUCUGAAAGGCUCAUUUGAACAGAAGAGAUUAAAUUUUGAAGUCCUUUGUAUAGCUUUCCCUCGAUAUUUAUUCAUCAAUUUAUGUCAGUGGCUUUCCCUUGGUUGCCCCUGGUCCAAUUUUGAAGCACGCUUCCUUCUGUAAAUUCCCAUGGUCUUUUUCUGUCUGUGGCUGUCAAUUUUUAGGACCUUCGCCUUCUUUUAUAAGUAUAGCUGGGACUUGUUGACUUUGGUCCACUUGCUAUGCGAAGUCUUUGCUUUAUUGUCUUAGACAAUUAAGCGUUAUAGGAUCACAUAUUUAUACCAUAAAUGUAUCAUUUCCUGUAAAUUAAGGCAAAUUAAGGUUUAGUUUACCCUCAGUAUAGUUCCAAUUAAUUUUGGCUUCUGAGGCUGUGAUAGAUUAAGGCAAAGUUUAAGUUUACCCUCCAUCUGUGAUGGUUCCUGGCUAGUGUGGCCUGUAAUGCAUGUUCGAAUUUGAGUGGGCAAAAAAUCUUGCGAUGAAGCUGUGGGUGUGUAUUCUGUAUACAGGGUUUUAUUUAUGUUUUAUUUUCACCUAA